AUGGACCCGCUCGGUCUUUCCAUGUUUGUCGAUGAAGAGGUUGCGAGACAACAACCACAAGUCCCAACCUCAGACAUCGACUUCGACUUGGAUGGGUUUGAGGUCACGGAUCUGCCCCUCUCAGGAGAUCUAUUCGUUCCUUUCACCUUCGACGAAGCCUUCACUCUUGACGAAGCCAUCUCUCACUUUGAGAUGAACACUGAGAUGAACUCCAACACCAUGCCGAGCCGAGGACUUGUUCAAACCUGGGCAUUACCUGUUGAAACCGCUCGUUUGCCUGGGCUUUGUGGACCCAUGCCCCAAAGCGGCUUCGAUUAUUAUUAUAACACCCUGCCGCAACCCAUUUACGGCCACUCUGCUGAAGAUCCUCCACCACUGCAAGGAUCUGCUUUGCUCGAUAAAGCACCGCAAGGCCGGCCAUCCGCAAGACUCCCCACCAUCACGAUCUCGCAUACUUUCAGUAUACACGAGGGCGUCUUUGCGGGGCCGUCUUGUACGGGGCCCGUCGAUGUCGACAAGCCAACUCCUACGGCGACUCCUCGAUCACAGGACUUGCCGCUCACUAUCUUGCUUGAGGAUCCUGCCAACGGGAGAUUCCAUCGGGAUAAAAUGGUCCGCACUCAACGUGAGCGUGACGAACAGAAGAAGGGAAUGCGCAUUUUAAAAGCAAGUGGUGGAGCUUGCGUGGCAUGUAACAAGAGGAAAAAACGCUGUGGACCGGGUAAUCCCUGCCCACCCUGUACUCAGCGUGGAUGCGAGUGCAUUCGAACUGGCGCAGUCCGCAGCCCAGCCAAAACUACUGGUAGCAAGCUCCUGUUUUCUCCUCCUAGUGGACGCAUGGAUGACUCUCCCGAGCCUAUCACCACACCAUCAUCCCGACUGACCACCCCUCAUCCUAUGGCGGUGGGAUCGUCAGGACUCACAACCCCGUCAUCUUUGCCCAACAGUUCGCCUGCGCCUUCGGUUUUCUCAAGUUCCGGUUGGGGAGAUAGCGACACGACUCAGUAUCCUCCCUCAUCCAGUCCCUCCGAGUUUCCUGACGACACGACCGUGGAUCCCAGGUCGGAUGAAGGCCUAAUUUACUCACAUAUCGUCCCAUUCGAUGCGCAUUUCGAGGCGUUCACUUGCAACCCCAGAGAGUUUGGCAUGCGCCGCGUUGUCGGUGCUUAUGGUUAUUCCACUCAAACCCGGGCCAAGCCAGACACCUCAGGGUACUGGACUCCUUGA